GGGCUGGGGCUCAGGCGGCAGGUGUAUGCAGCAGUUCCACUAUUUCCCCAGCAGGGAGGGAGCGAGUGCUCCUGGCAAUAGCCAACUCCGUGUAGCCUGCCUGCAGUGUCUCUCAUGUAGAGCCUGACCCCGCCCAGCGCCGGACUCUGAGCCCCAGCUGCUGCUCUCCCCGGUGCUGCCUAGUGUACACACAGUCCCUGCCGGACAGGGAGCCUCUUCCAUACAGCCGCUGCAAUGAGCUCGCCGCCUGGGCACUGACAUCCCGGAUCUCCGCUCUCGUAGGUUACCUGUGCCUGCCCUGCCGCCUGCUCAGGAACCAGGUCAUUUGGUUUGGACAUAACGAGAAAUGGAUUCCAAAGUGAGAGAAGGGGAUAGCCUUGUAGAUGAUCAUUCAGCAAAAAAAAAAUUUAAGUUUAAAUCUUUCAAAAAAUUAUUUGGAAUAAAGAAGAGGAAAGAGACACUGGCACCAUUGAGUAGUAGUGGGCUGAAGCAGAGCCAGUCUGCAAGCGAUGUCACCAUCCCUGAGUCCAUGCGUGCGGAUUAUGACUCUGAAGAUGACAUUGAGGCCGCUGUGCUGGGGAGCAGAGCUGUUUCACACGACAGCAUCUUUAUUCCGGAGAUUGUGCAAGAGGCUGCCCGACCUGUACGUGUCUUCUCACAGGAGAAUGUGUCCGACCACAUUAAGGCCUUGCAGUUAAAACUCCAGUCCAACAUAAGAGCUGGACCACCUCCAUUUGGGCUCUUCAGUAAGCGGCCUGACGAUACAGGGACCAGUUCUGAAGAUGACGGACUACCACACAGCCCUCCAGAGAUCUCUCUUAUACAUGAGGCUAUUAAAACCAGGUUAUCCGACAAACAUAGACAUCACAGUUCCCUGAGCUUAGGUGGCACAGGCAGUGAAGAUGAUGAUCAGAUCUCCUCUGAAACCUCAUCAAGACCUUUGUCUCCAGAAGAAAAUGAGUUGAGAGAUGCACAUAAAGGACUCGCUGAGAAAAAAGACAGCGCCAGCCUCUCUCCAUCAGCUGAUUUCAACACUCCUGCUCAGUUUUCUACCUUUUUGGACAAUUCUGCUGCUAGACAUAGGCUCUCGGUGAGGCCGAGAAACCAGAGGACAAGCACGUCUAGGAGGCCUUCUGCGACACUGCUGGAAGACUCACUGGACGAUUUGACCACUAUGGAAGAGGAAGAUGUUACAACAUAUACAUUAGAACAGGCAACUGUUACUUCUGUAUCAGCAGAGUCUCCUGAUAAAAUUGAUGAUCUCCGUCUACCCAGUAAUGACAGCGUAAAUGUAAUCUCUACUUCACCAUUGAACUUAGUAGAAGAUGAAGUCGUCUCUUCGGGGAACAUAGUAGCAGAUAAAUCACAAACUCUCCCGGAAGUAGUGCAAGACCAGUCGCCUGAACUGGCCGUAGCCACCAUAUUAACUAUGCAGUCUGAAAAUGUCACACGCACUACAAAUCCAGCAUCAGAUGGAAAGAUCAAUGAUCAGAAUGAAUUAAUGGGUCAGACAAGUAGGAGAAUGAUUGUUGGCUCUGCAAACAUUACUGCCAUAGACAAAGAGGUCUAUCCCAUAACACUUUCUGCUAAUAAUGAAAAACGCUUCGUUAGGGAGAACAAGGUACCAAGUGAAGUUAAUGACAAGCCAUCUAUUGCACAGGAGAUAGUAGUCCCAAUAUCAAGGACUGCUCCUCUCAGACAUUCCCAGGAGUCAUUAGUUACUAGGAGAAGACACUUUCAGAGUUCAUUAUCUGAAAAGAGCCAGCAUAUCACUGACCCACCUCUCUCUGACAAAGAAAAUAACCAGCUUGGGAAUACAGAGAAAAAAUCUGAGAAGUCACCCACAGAAGCGGGCGCACAAAGAAAGUUUUCUGUAUCCUCAGCCUGGGAAAGGCCUCGGACUGGCAGCUUUUCAUUAAAAGCAAAUGCUGAGGGUGAUGCUCUGAAAAACAUUAAGUUGUCUGUCCUGAAACCAGGUAUGUCUAAAAAGGAGACAUGGAAAGAGGAAUCCAAAACUGCUACCACUCAUACUGAAAAUCAACCCACAGGUAGGAAAAAGGAGACCUUGGCUGACCCUGAGAGUAUGCCUACUGUAGACAAGGCAGUCUUUAGUAACGUUACACCGUUCCAGAGUGCCGUGCCAGCUACCACUGAUUUAUCUGUGGUUACUGACUUACAAACAGAUACUGAAGACAAGAACCCUUUUUUUGUAAAGCUAAGAUCCACAUCCAUGUCGUUACGAUACAGGGAUGGCAUAAACCCAACAACAAGCACAGUGAAGAGACACAGUGCAGAGUUUAAACAGGAAAAAGCAGGGUAUUUGCCAUUCUCCAAGGAUGAAUUAAAUGAAGCGGGGCACACUGAGCACAGUUCAAAAAUGGAGAAAAGUAAAUGUAAAAUAGAUGUAAGUGAAGUGUCACAGUCAAGACCAUCAGUGGCCAAAAAGCCUGUGUUGCAAAAUAUUACAGUUGCUGAUAAUAACACAAAUAAAGAAGCAGCCGAGUGUGGAUCCAGUCAGGAGACAAAAUUAAAAUCUCCUGAGGCCAAUAUUGAAAAGAAGAUUCCUGAGAGAAGACCCAGUUUGCAUAAAACCAUUGCAGAGAAAAGCACUCCUCCUGUAGUGACAGCAGAGUCUAUUAAAGGAGCUGAGAGCAAAGCACAGCCUGCCUGGAGGUCCAUGGCACUGCAGAAACAGCGAAGCCUGAGGGAAGAGCAUCCCAUCUAUGCACAGAAACUUGGAAGCCAGGAGCCAGAAAAACAAAGCAAAGACAGGAUUGAGGUUCCUCGGAAGCAGCAGGCUGACCUAAUCCAGAACAAAACAGCAAACACAGCUGUUGCAGCUUCUCCUGAUACCAAACCCACAGAGCAGAGACAAAGAGCAAACACACUGCCACAUCCUGCCCAUGCUCCACAGUUGUUCUUGAUGACAGAAAAAGAAGAGAAGACGCCACAGAAACGUCAAACUCUUUCAGUCUCUGAGGAGCCAUCUUGGAUGGAACUGGCCAAGAAGAAAUCCCAGGCGUGGAGCGACAUGCCUCAGAUCAUUAAAUAAGAGAAUAAAAUGUUCCUGUUACUCAUUUAUACUUUCACACUUGACUAGGCUCGAGGCCUUAUACAAGCACAAAAAAAAAAAACUAUUGAACAUAUAGAGACAGAAACCUCCAGACAUUUUACAGAAUCUGUUCUGUUAUUAAAGGAUAAAAUGAUUAUAAAAUUAAUUUUAGCAUACUAGCCUCUAAAUGUGUAUUAGUUUUUGAAAAUACAUGUUAGAAAGUGAAAUCCCUACACACUGAGCUACUGAUUCAAAUGGGUGUGAUAUUGUAUACCGGUGCUUGGUAUGCCAGCGGUCAUAAGACCAACACCACCAUCCCGAAGCUCAUUAUCCCGAUUAUACCUAGCCACUCCUCCGCACAGCCUAACCGCUCCUCCCUGCAGCCUAACCUUAACUGCGCCUCCCUGCAGCCUAACCAUAAACCUCCCCCCUCCCUGCAGCCUAACCCUUCCUUCCCCACAGCCUAACCCUCCCCGCAGCCUAAACCUAUCUCCCCCCGCCCCUCCCCCCCCCUCCCCGCUUGGAAUGUCGGGUGGGUCGGGAUUCCGCUGGGAUGUUGCACGCUGGCAUCCUGACAGCAUCCCGAUUCAAAUGCUGUAAGUAUUGACCCAAAUGUUGUUUUUUUUCUGUUUUGAUUUUUGCUUCUUUUUAUCUUUUAGUUGGUAUUUGUGUUUGAACUUUUGUGGCUUAAGAAUUACUUGUUUCUGUUUUCUCUGCCAUAUAUUAUGACCGAACCAGCUGCUGAAAUAUAGAUAAAUGCAAAAUAAUGAAUGCCGGAAUUGUCUAUGUUCUAAUAUAACACUUGUGGUCAACAUACAAUCCCCUUGUAUUUCAGACAGCCAUUUUGUGAACAAAAUCAAUAUUUAUGAAAAUGCCUAUUCACUUGGAACCAUAGACUUUAUUGAGCUUCUCAUUGUUGUCCCCAGUUCAUAGGUGUAAAGUAAAAUUGUAUGGUCUGUACACCUUUUAUACACUUUAGUAUGCAACAAUUUACUAAAUUAAUAAACAGUGUACAAUACCAUUGGAUUUUACUGUGGAUUACACAAGACCGUAGUCUCUUACGUUUUUUUAAUCCCAGGUCAUUAUGAACUACAGGUGUGUGAUCUAAACAGAUUUUGUAAUAGGUACCUACAUAUUGCUAGGCUUAAUUUUUAUGAUCAUUAUUUUAGCCAACAAAAUGUUUGCCAUUACUGCACACAUACAGUAGAACACUAUAAGAUUUCUUAAAGAAUAACAAAAGAACACAUGUAGUACACACACAAAGGCCUAAAUAUGUUAAUGUACAUGUCUCUGACUAUCUUUGUAAAGUAAUAUUUAUAGGAGAGAAUAAUUCCAGAACCUCUCGAUUUUUUUAAUUAGAUUUUAUAUUGCCCAAAGCAGUUUCCCAAAUUCUGCCAUUACAGUCCAUGUUUUAAAGAUGUCCAGAUGUUUAAAUCAAAUUGACUGAGGUACUAAUUAAGUCACCUGUGCUCAAGCAUGGAUAUCCAUAAAACGGGUAUGGGUCGUUGGGUCGACUCAACUUAGGUCGACAGUCAUUAGGUCAACAUGCAUUAGUUCGACUGGGGAAAUAGGUCGACAUGGUCAUUAGGUCGACAUGGGUUUUUGGACUUUUUUUGGUGUCGUUUUCUUUGUAAAGGGACUGGGAACCCCAAUUAGUGCACCGUGUUCGCUCGCCAUGCUGCGGGCAAGGUGCCUCGCUCCACUAACACUGCGCUCGGCACAGGUUACCAUUCCCAAUUGUAGUCCACGUGGAUCGUCAAGUAUGAAAAAAGUGAAACAUUUUUUAAAAGCUCAUGUUGACCUAGUACAUGUCGACCUAAUGACCAUGUUGACCUUCAGUGGUCGACCUAAUGACUGUCAACCUAAGUUGUGUCAACGUAAUGACCGUAUCCCUAUAAAACCUGGACUGUAAUGGUGGAGUUUGGGAAACUAUGGCCCAAAGUAUCUGUGCUAUGUUUAAAAAGUAUAUUCUAAAAUGUUAUACCAAAUUAGAGGAUCAGUGUAUUUAGAUUACAGUAUAAUGACUGAACAUAGCCUAUAACCUAGUUGCCUUCUGGGACAUUGAUAUUGGGUACAUCAAUUGUGCAUAGUUUAAUUAGAUAUGUAUUACAUUUAGAUUUGGAUCAAAUUGGAUUUUUUUUAGCAACAGUGCAUAUAUAAUAUUUUAGCUUGUAUAAAAUUCCAAUGUAAAUUAUUUUUAAAAAAGUCAUUUUUUUCAGUAUGAUUUUUGUAGAUAUAUUUGUUAUAAUAGCCAGCCAGGAUUUGUGUAUUGAUCAACUUUUUUU